AUGCAGAAACGACUCUGGAGACCAAAAGAUAAUCUGGAGCUCGAUUCAGGACAGGAAGGUGCUGUGUUUAUGUCUCUUGGCUGGGCUCUGACUGGAUCUGAAGCUCCUUUCCUGGAAGAGGUUUUGGUUUCUUCCACCUCUUCAUCUCAUCCAUUGUUAAAAACCAGGCACCCGACAGAAGGCUCAAAUCAUGUUGCUCCUGCUUCAACUUAUUCUGCUUCUGUGGCCAAGGGGAGCCUACCAUCAUCCAAUCAUUAUUGGAAAUUUCUGCCCUUCCUUUUUGCCACUGAGGAGAUCAACAAGAAUGUCCGUCUCUUGCCUAAUAUCACUCUGGGUUACAAUGUUUAUCAAACUUUCUUCAAGGUAGAAAUGACUUCAGAUCCGUUGCUGGAUUUUCUUUCGGAUGGGGAGGCCAAUGUUCCCAACUACAGGUGUGGACGGCAAAGAAACACAGUGGCUGUUCUUGAAGGGGCUGAGACUGGCAUCUCCAUUCAGAUUUCAACCUUGUUGGGCACCUACAAAAUCCCUCAGAAAACCUUUACAUGUUCCUCCACUAAGGAUGACUUUUCAGUGAAAGUCUGGAGACGGUGCAGACAGAAAGAACAACUGGUGGCUCUGAGGGAGGAGGAGAUUGAUCGGAUCCUGGCUAUGGACAGUUAUCUCACCUAUAGCACCAUCUGGGCUGUGGGAAGGGCCUUAAAUUCAGCUCAUAUCUCCACAUUCAAGAGAUCAGUGAGGCACAGAGGCACGAAGGGGGAAGCUCCAAGGCUGAUGGCUUGGCAGCUUCACUCUUUCCUUCAAAGCCCUCAGUUUCGUAAUAAUUCCAUAGAUGGGGUAUACUUGGAUGAGAAUGGAGAUCUGACAGCUGACCUGGACAUUUUGAACUGGAUUGUUUUCCCAAACAAAUCUGUUAAGAGAGUGAAAACUGGUAGUCUAGAAAAACAGACAACACAGGAUUUUAAAGUUACUAUUGACCAGAGGAGUAUUGGACAGACCCUACCAACUUCCAGGUGCGUGAAAAGCUGUCGCCCUGGAUUCAUGAAGGUGGUUUUGGAAGGGAAACCCAUCUGUUGCUACCAUUGUCUUUCUUGUCCAGAAGGAACCAUCUCCACCAUGGAAGAUGCUGAAAAAUGCACAAAAUGUCCAGUGAAUCAACAUCCAAGCAUCAACCGAGAUGGCUGUAUACCUAAGAUUGAAACUUUCCUAUCCUACCAAGAAAUGUUGGGGAUCAUCCUAACUUCCCUUGCCUUGUUCCUGUCCUUGGCGACAGGUUUUAUCUUUGGAGUAUUUAUUAAAUUUCAAGCAACUCCCAUGGUCAAAGCCAGCAAUCGUGAUCUCUCGUGUAUCCUCCUCAUCUCCCUCCUGUUUUCAUUCUUGACCUCAUUCUUAUUCAUUGGCCAGCCAAGAGUAACCACUUGCAUUGUCCAACAAACAGCAUUCAGCAACAUUUUUACAGUUGCCAUUUCUACUGUUUUGGCCAAAACUGUCAUGGUGGUGUUAGCCUUCUUGGCCACAAAACCAGGGAGUAAAGUACAAAGAUGGCUAGGGAAGAGUAUAGCCAAUUCUAUCAUCCUUUCUUGUUCUGGUGUCCAAGUUAUCAUCUGUAGCAUCUGGUUGGGCACCUCUCCCCCAUUCCCUGAGUCAGACAUGUACUCAGAGUCUUUUCAGGUCAUCCUGCAAUGUAACGAAGGCUCUGUGGCUAUGUUCUACCUUGCUCUUGGCUACAUGGGCUUCCUGGCUGUCAUUUGCUUCAUGGUGGCCUUCCUGGCCAGGAAUUUACCUGGGGCCUUCAAUGAAGCUAAACUGAUUACCUUCAGCAUGAUGGUCUUCUGUAGUGUUUGGAUAUCCUUCAUACCCACAUAUCUGAGCACCAAGGGGAAGUAUAUGGUAGCUGUGCAGGUCUUCUCCAUGUUGGCUUCUAGUGCCAGCCUGUUGCUAUUAAUUUUUCUCCCCAAAUGUUACAUUAUUUUCCUAAGACCAAAUCUGAAUACAAAAGAAUGUAUGAUGUCAAAAUAA